AUGGAAGCAAAAGUUCCCCGCCCCUCCGCCUUGAUGGACAUCCACGUUCGGACCAAUGGGGGAAUUGUCGCUUCGAAGAAAGCGGGAUUUAUCUGCGGAGUUGGAGAGAGAGGGUGAGCGGAGGGAUCGAGUCUUGGCCUCGAAGAAGAGCCUCAAGUUGCCGAGGGACCGAGGAUGUCCUUUGACCUCCGCGCGGCGUCACGUGGACUGACGGGGGCGGGGCGAGAAAGCUAGAUCAGUUCCUUCCGGGUCAGUGACAGGCGUCCUCUCCACGAGGUCGUUCGUGGCUUCUUGAAUCUUCCUACUCCCAGCGUUUGGUGGUUGUGAUUUCGGCGAUGAGCUCCCAGAGAGGGAACGUGGCCCGUUCCAGGCCUCAGAGACAUCAAAAUACGUUUAGCUUCAAAAAUGACAAGUUUGAUAAGACUGUUCAGACCAAGAAAAUUAAUACAAAACUUCAUGAUGGAGUAUGUCAGCGCUGUAAAGAAGUUCUUGAAUGGCGUGUAAAAUACAGCAAAUACAAACCAUUGUCAAAGCCUAAAAAAUGUGUUAAAUGUUUACAAAAGACCGUGAAAGAUUCUUAUCACAUAAUAUGUAGACCAUGUGCCUGUGAACUUGAAGUUUGCGCAAAAUGUGGAAAGAAAGAAGACAUUGUUACUCCGUUUAAUAAAGAACCAGAAAAGACAGAAAACAUUGAAAAUAAUCCACAUUCCAAUUGUAGAAGAAGCUGCAGAAGAAAUAAAGAAGAAAGUGAUGAUUUAGAUUUCAGUAUUGAUUUAGAUGACUCAGAAGAAGAUGACAAUCAAAUAGAUUAAUAUAUUAAAAGUCAGUGUGAAAACAUGAAAUUCUGAACAACUUUCUACUUUGAGGGUUUUACAGAAAAAUACUGUGAAAUCCUAAUAAAGAAUUUAGAAUAACCUAUAGAAAAUGAUAACAUUUAUACAUGGACAAUAUAAAUUGUGUAUAAUAUUUGAACAAUUAUAAAACUUAUGCAGACUUUUCUUACAAUAAAUUUCUAAGUAGCAUAUGCUAGAAGAUCUCCCCAGUGAGCACUGGGGUAUCAUAAUGCAGUUCAUGGGAAUUAUAUAGAAGAAUAUCAAAGUAACAAGAUUCAGAAUUGAUGGUUUUGUAAGAACUAUCUCAUAGAAAAAAUCAGAUGACAUUAUUGCUAGCCUCAAAAAUUGGUCCUCAGGUAUGUCCCAAUUUAUCUCAAGUAAAUGACCCAUAAACAAAAGCCCCCUAACUUAAUGUUUGGUUGCUUUAUAAAGCAGAAAGUUAAUUUUUUUAAAAAUAUAUUUUAUUGACUUUUUACAGAGAGGAAGGGAGAGGGAUAGAGAGUUAGAAACAUCAAUGAGAGAGAAACAUGGAUCAGCUGCCUCCUGCACA